GAAACUGAACUGACAGGGGUUCCAGCGGCAAAGCGAGGCGAGUCGGCAUUUGGGAAAAAAUCUUGGUGGUACUCUUAUAAUAUAGGACCACGAUGUUUUUGAACGCUAACAUUUAAGUUACCUUUUCACAUCAAGUCGGUUGCAUUUCUGUUUGUUUACAUGACACGAAAUUGGCGCUAAUUUUAUUUAUAAAUAUAAUUUGACGAUACAGUUUUUCAUUGUUUGCGUUUCGUUUAUUUUUUAUUAAUUUAUCAAAAGACUACCAAAAUUAGUAGUGUUGAAGGCAAUUGUCUACAAAUUGAGUUCCAACAUGAGUAAGAUUGUAGUUUAUUUACUUGACAAAAUAGUAUGGAUUUUGCUAGCUGCAGUAGUAACUGGACAAGCACUACAAAUUGCUGGACUUAUGAGUACACCUAAAAGUGCAGGUGCUUUAGAAUAUCAAAACUCUUUAUCGCAUAUCCAUCACUUUUCUUCACUGAGGUGGCGAAGAGAUACGACUGACCUUCCUGAGCGCAACCAGUUUAUUGACAUGCUUUUCAAUAGGAAAAAACAAAUUCAGCCAAAAGAAACUAGUUGGACGCAAAGAUUACAAACUGCCAUGUCUUAUUUCAAUAGUGCGGCUAAGAUUCCAAUUAAGACUCUGACUUCGAUAAACAAUUUUAUUCAGAACUCCAGACCCGCUAUUCGUAAAUUUCGAGACGUUUUUACUAAAAGAUUUGAAAGGACCACCAAAGCACCCGACACCGAUUUGAAUACGAUUCAGAAAAGGUCAUAUCCUGUGUAUAUUAGGCCUGUAGGUGAACAGAACUGAUAUAAACGUUUAAUUAAUUUUAAGAAAUAUUUGUUAAAUAUUAUAGGAUAAAUAUAUGACUAAAUAAUA